GAAAUAACUUUCUUCUCAUUCCUUUACUGUCAAGUGUCAACUGCAUCGUAUUCAAUCCUUAGGAUUCACGCAACGAUCCGCUCUCACUCUUCUCUACGCUUAAGCAUUUCGUUAAAGGGUGAUUAUGGCUUAUGUAAAAGCUAAGGAUGCUCUUUUAUCUGAGCUGGAUGAGGAUGAUGUUGAUAUAGCGAUGGUAUCAUCAGAUCCUGAGAACACAAAUGAUCAAAAAUCCAAUGUGGUUCAUGGAGUUCGGGGCAAGAGAAAUGAGUCAAAGUCCAAGAAGAAAUUGACCAAGGUGGGUAGAAGAAAGAAGAGAACACCUUCAAGGAAGAAAGCUAAGGGUGCUCUUAUCUCUAUAUCAAAAGUGGAAGGGGAUGGAGUGACCGAUAAUGUUGAUACUGAAAUGGUUCCUUCAGAUCCAGUGAUGAAUGGCAAAGAAUCAAUUAUAUUGGUAUCAGUGCAUGAUGAAAACAAUCUAACUGAUGAUGUUGCAAGUGGAACGGCUACAUCUAACAGACAUGGUAUAAUUGACAAUAUUGAUACUGGAAUAGCUACAUCUAGGCAAAUGAAGUUGAGGAAAGCAGGCAAAAAGAAGAUGGCUUUGAAGAUGAACAGUAAAGAAUCAAAUGCAGUUCCUUGGAUUCAGGACAAGGUUGAACAUCUAAAAGAACUUGAAGUAGGAGAUAGGAAUUUUGAAAAAAAUACGAACAAGGAGGUGACGAAUGAAGUUGAUUCAAGGAAUGAGGCAAAAAACAAAGAAAAACCAGAAGGAAAUUCCAAGAAUAAGGUGAGUGAAUUGAGGAAAACAGGCAGAAAGAAGAUGGCUUUGAGGCGUACAAAUGAAGUGGUUGCCAAGAAAAGACUGAAUCCAGAAUCUUCUAAUAAGACAAGAAUGAAGGAUAAUACUACAGGGAUGAUAUUUAUGUGCAGUUCUAAGACGAAGGAGGAUUGUUUUCAUUAUAAUGUUUUUGGGUUGCCUGCUAACAAGAGAGACAUGGUUUUGAAAAUUUAUGAAGGAAUGAGGCUAUUUUUGUUUGAUUAUGAUUUGAAAAUGAUGUAUGGCAUUUAUAAAGCUGCAGGACCUGGUGGCUAUAAUAUAGAGCCCAAAGCUUUCCAGUCUGCAUUUCCAUCUCAGGUACGGUUCACUGUUCUGGAGGAUUGCUUGCCACUAGCAGAGGAAAAGUUUAAGAAGAUCAUCAAAGAUAAUUAUUACAGCACGAACAAGUUCGAUUGUCAAUUGACCUUUAAACAGGUCUUUUUUUUUUUUAGUUAUGGAUUUAGUGGCUUGAAUUCUCAAGGACUUCCUUUUAUAUGUCGUUGUUUUUCCAGCAAAGGCUCCAAAUCAAAGCGGUUGCAUGAAAGUUCAAGAGCCGAAGCUCCGACAUUUGUGGAUCAUUUGUCCAAACGGCCUCGCAGAAGCUGGAAAAAUGAAAGAGCGGAAACCCAGGAAUUUUUUUACCAUGGUCAUAGGCAUGUCUGGGAAGAAAGGCAUCCUGCUUCUUCCCGGGACCAGCUGUAUUCAGUGGAUCCUGUGGAAUAUAGAAGGGAGCUGUAUGCAUCUCCGGUGGCACAUCCACCUCUACCCCACUCUAUGCACCAGCCAUUGGCCUCUGAGCUCCCUCCAUUAGAGACAGAUUUUUAUAGAAGGGACCAACUUCGGUAUCAUUGUGAACAGUUUUUGGAUGUCGAACUGAGAUAUCGAGAUGAGUUUGAGCACCAUGAUUCUUAUAGAAGAUUCCAUCAUGAUGAGUUUGAGCACCGUGAUUCUUAUAGAAGAUUCCAUCAUGAUGAGUUUGAGCAUCACGAUUCUUAUAGAAGAUUCCAUCAUGAUGAGUUUGAGCAUCACGAUUCUUACAGAAGAUCCCAGCGACAAGUUGAGUUUAAUCAUCGUGAUACUUCUAGAAGAUCCCAACAUCAAGAUGAGUUUAAGCACCGUGGCAAUUAUAGAAGAUCCCGGCAUCAAGAUGAGUUUAAGCAUCAUGAUUCUUAUAAAAGAUCAAGGGAACAUCAGUUGGAUCAUCAUCCGUCGUCUUCUGCCACAAAGCCUCCUAAAUAUUCCUCUCCUGCUUCUAGGAGACCAGUCUCCAAGGACCAUCAAACUGCAAGGCUACCAGCUGACAAGAGACCUGGUCGAUCCGUGCUGCGGAGCAUAGUAUUGAAAUGA